ACAAACCAACCAGAAGAGUUCCCUCCGAACGCAAAAACCUCACCGGAAAAUAGAUAACACAACAAACAAAAUGCCUUGCGCUUUAGUUGCACCAAACUCUCCGAUCUUCUCGCCGUCGAAAAUUUCGUCCAUUUUCUGCCGGUCAUCUUCCUCCUCAUGCUCUUCUCCUAGAGUACUCCUCCAUGUCCCGCCCCCAACGCCGUCGUCACGGUCAAACAACAACCCGCUGUCGUCGCCGAACGCUUUCUCGGCGAGGUUUCAGAGCCAGCGGCAUGUGAUUUGUAACUACACGAGGGAUCCUUCGGGUUUGGGCUCGGGUCCGGCUCUGAAGAGGAAGAGGCCGAUGAGGAUUGAUAUUCCGAUUGCGCCGGUCAGUCUUGCCGUUGUCUCGCCGAAGAAGGAGGAGAGAGUUGAGGCUGUGGAGGUUGACGAAGAUGGAUAUUCAGUGUAUUGCAAAAGAGGCAAAAGAGGUCCCAUGGAAGAUCGCUACUCCGCCGUGGUUGAUCUUCAUGGUGAUUCCAGACAGGCGUUCUUUGGCGUGUUUGAUGGGCAUGGAGGCUCAAAGGCAGCUGAAUUUGCAGCCAAGAACUUGGAUAAGAACAUCGCGGAUCGUUUGGCGAGUGGAGAAGAAGAGAAAGUAAUGGAAGCAGUGAGAGAUGGUUAUUUGGCGACUGAUAUUGAGUUCUUGAAAGAGGAUGUUAGUGGUGGUGCUUGCUGUGUGACUGCCUUGGUGCAUAAAGGUAACCUUGUGGUGUCGAAUGCUGGUGAUUGUCGCGCUGUGAUGAGCCGAGGAGGCGUUGCUGAGGCGCUUACCUCUGAUCACCAUCCUUGUAGAACAGAUGAAAGAGCGAGAAUUGAGAGCUUGGGUGGUUAUGUGGAUUGUUGCCGCGGUGUUUGGAGAAUACAAGGCUCUCUUGCUGUUUCAAGAGGAAUUGGAGAUCGCCAGCUAAAGCAAUGGGUUAUAGCAGAACCAGAGACUAAAGUUUUAAAAAUCAAUACUGCAUGCGAGUUCUUAGUGUUAGCUUCUGAUGGUCUUUGGGACAAGGUUACUAAUCAAGAGGCAGUUGACGUAGUUCGCCCUCUAUGCGUUGGAAUCGAUAAGCCGGAGCUCUUUUCUGCUUGUAAAAAACUUGUUGAUCUGUCUGUAAGUAGAGGUUCCCUGGACGAUACAAGCGUGAUGAUAGUCCAAUUAGGCCGUUUUGUUUCAUAAUUCACUUUUAGCGGAAAGGAGAUUCAGAUUGUGACAGCUGGCAUUCUUCCAAUGCAAGUGAGAUUUAGACUAAUCUUGCAGCUUUAGAAGCUAGAAAGACUACUCUUCUGCAAAUGACCUUUAGAUUAUGCCGCUCAUGUUGGCUUUUAGUACUGACAAUCUACAGAGAAGCAUUGCAGUACUAUAAAUUUUCCCUUAACAGUAGAACAGUAGUAUCAGAAACACAUUACAAAUGGUGUUGCUUGUAAAUUUUCACUUCAAAAUCUCUAUUAAACGAUCAUCAGACGCCUACCCUUUAUUCCAA